GGUCAGUGCCGCGCGCCUGUCACCCAAGCUUCCCUCCUGUUCGCGCUGAGCUGUAAUCAAGGCCCCGCUGCAGAGGGAGGGAGGCAGGCGGGCGGUGCUGCUCCUCCUCCUCUUCUUUCUCCUGCUGCUCCUGCAAGGGGCUUUUCGCCUCCUCUUCGGCCGGCCCGUGCUGCCCUGCGCUCCGAGGCCAUGGAGCUGGCGGACGGCGUGGUGUACCAGGAGGACCCGGGCGGCCCCGGCCCGGCCAUGAUGUCGGAACGGGUGUCGGGUCUGGCGGGCUCCAUCUACCGCGAGUUCGAGCGGCUCAUCGGGCGCUACGACGAGGAGGUGGUGGCCGAGCUGAUGCCGCUGGUGGUGGCCGUGCUGGAGAACCUGGACUCGGUCUGCGCGCACAGCCAGGAGACCAGCGUGGAGCUGGAGCUGCUGCGGGACGACAACGAGCAGCUCCUCACCCAGUACGAGCGGGAGAAGGCGCUGCGGAAGCAGGCCGAGGAGAAAUUUAUUGAAUUUGAAGAUUCUCAAGAACAAGAAAAAAAGGAUCUGCAGAUAAGAGUGGAAGCCUUAGAGUCGCAAACCCGGCAGCUUGAACUGAAAGCAAAAAACUAUGCUGAUCAAAUUACCAGACUGGAAGAGAGGGAAGCAGAACUGAAGAAAGAAUACAAUUCUCUUCAUUCAAGACAUACAGAGAUGAUUCAUAAUUACAUGGAGCACUUGGAAAGAGCCAAACUUCAUCAACUGACUGGGGGUGAUCAACUAGAACCCAUCAUGCACAGUAGAACUAGCAGAAAGGAACCUCCCAUAUCAUUGGGCAUCUUCCCGCUGCCUCCAGGAGAUGCACUUCUCACACCUGAUAAUCACAGAGGAACAGUGGAAACUCCUGGGUCAGAUAAUUGGAAGUUCCGUGAACUAAGUCAGCCUCGCUCCCGCACCAGUUUAAAGGAUGAACUUUCUGAUGUUAGCCAAGCAGGUUCCAAAUGUACUACGCCAGUCUUAACUGCUGCUUCAGAUGUGCUUGCGCCUGCUGAAUCUCCCUCGAAAGAACACAAGGAAGGGCUUGAGAAGGACUCCGAUAUAGGGAACAAGAACAUUGAAGUGCAAGUAGCCCAAGAAACAAGAAGUGUGUCUAUUGGUUCUAAUGAAAAUGAAGACAAAUCUGAAGUUCAGGCAAUCAUCGAAUCCACUCCAGAGCUGGAUAUGGAUAAAGACCUUAGUGGAUAUAAAGGUUCAAGCACACCUACCAAAGGCAUAGAGAACAAAGCAUUUGAUCGUAAUACAGAAUCACUGUUCGAAGAACUAUCUUCUGCUGGCACUGGUCUGAUAGGGGAUGUGGAUGAAGGAGCAGACCUACUGGGGGAAUAUUCUGGAAUGGGUCGUGAAGUUGAAAACCUUAUCUUAGAAAAUACACAACUGCUAGAAACCAAAAAUGCCUUGAAUGUGGUGAAGAAUGACUUAAUAGCAAAAGUAGAUGAGCUCACCUGUGAGAAGGAUGUGCUGAAAGGAGAGCUGGAAGCUGUAAAACUGGCCAAACAAAAGCUUGAAGAGAAGAACAAGGAAUUGGAAGAAGAACUUAGAAAAGCCCGCGCAGAAGCAGAAGAAGCAAGGCAAAAAGCAAAGGAAGACGAUGAUAGUGAUAUUCCUACUGCUCAGAGAAAGCGAUUCACUCGGGUUGAAAUGGCCCGUGUCCUCAUGGAAAGAAAUCAGUAUAAAGAGCGGCUAAUGGAGCUCCAAGAAGCAGUGCGAUGGACUGAAAUGAUACGGGCAUCACGAGAAAAUCCAGCCAUGCAAGAGAAGAAAAGAUCAAGCCUUUGGCAGUUAAUGCCAACUGGUUUUAGCAGACUAUUCAGCUCAUCAGGCAAUACUGCUAAGAAACCAGAACCACCAGUUAAUGUUAAGUACAAUGCUCCAACCUCCCACAUUACUCCAUCAGUCAAGAAAAGAAGCAGCACUUUAUCCCAGUUACCCAGUGACAAAUCAAAAGCCUUCGAUUUCCUCAGCGAAGAGUCUGAGGCCAGUCUUGCCUCACGUAGAGAGCAGAAGAGAGAACAGUACCGCCAAGUGAAAGCCCAUGUUCAGAAGGAAGAUGGUAGAGUGCAAGCUUUUGGUUGGAGCCUUCCUCAGAAAUAUAAACAGGUUGUAAAUGGUGGUGGCCAGGGUGAUAACAAAAUGAAGAACUUACCUGUGCCUGUUUACCUAAGGCCACUCGAUGAAAAGGAUACAUCCAUGAAGCUUUGGUGUGCUGUAGGAGUUAAUUUGUCUGGAGGGAAGACAAGAGAUGGCGGUUCAGUGGUUGGUGCCAGUGUGUUCUACAAUGAUGUGACGACUCUAGAUGCAGAGAGCAACAAACAGAGGAGCGCAUCACAGAGUAGCUUGGAUAGAUUAGAUCAAGAACUCAAGGACCAGCAGAAAGAGCUGAGAAACCAGGAAGAAUUGUCAAGCCUUGUGUGGAUCUGUACUAGCACCCACUCUGCUACAAAAGUCAUCAUUGUAGAUGCUAACCAGCCAGGAAACAUCCUCGACAGUUUCAUUGUUUGUAAUUCUCAUGUGCUUUGUAUAGCUAGUGUACCAGGAGCCCGCGAAACUGACUAUCCUACAGGAGAAGAAGGGUCACAAGAACUGGACUCUGGUCUGGUGGACAAAUCAUCCUUGUCUGGCAGUAUGAAUAGCAACUGCUCAGCAGAAACAGACAGUCUUUUAGGAGGAAUCACAGUAGUUGGUUGUACGGCAGAGGGUAUUACAGGGCCUUCUGCUGCCCACAGUGCCAAUGGUGCCUCCCCUGAGACAAAUAAACAGCCAGACGUUUCAGCUGAGAAUGAUGCAGUGGAUGAGAACAUUCAGACAGCAGAGGAAGCAACCGAGGCGACAGAAGUCAAUGCUGGCUCAGGAGAAGAAGUUGCAGAUAUUGCACAGACUGGAGUCUACACAGAACAUGUCUUCACAGAUCCUUUGGGAGUUCAGGAUACCGUAGAGGGUUCUCCAGCAUUUCAGCCUAGCAACGAGUCAGAUUUGUAUAAGGAUGUUGCUGUGUUGCCAAAUGAGCAGGAUCUCGUAAGAGAAGAAGCACAGAAAAUGAGCAGCCUUUUGCCAACAAUGUGGCUUGGAGCCCAGAAUGGAUGCUUAUAUGUUCAUUCUUCAGUGGCUCAGUGGAGAAAAUGUGUUCAUGCAAUUAAACUUAAAGAUUCUAUACUCAGUAUAGUACACGUAAAAGGAAUAGUAUUAGUUGCACUAGCAGAUGGAACUUUAGCAAUAUUUCACAGAGGAGUAGAUGGGCAAUGGGACUUGACAAACUAUCACCUUCUAGAUUUGGGCCGACCUCACCAUUCAAUCCGGUGUAUGACUGUGGUACACGAUAAAGUCUGGUGCGGCUACAGAAACAAAAUUUAUGUGGUUCAGCCCAAAGCCAUGAAAAUAGAGAAAUCAUUUGAUGCACACCCAAGGAAGGAGAGCCAAGUGAGACAGCUGGCCUGGGUGGGAGAUGGAGUGUGGGUGUCAAUCCGUUUAGAUUCCACACUCCGCCUUUAUCACGCUCACACUUACCAGCAUCUACAAGAUGUCGACAUCGAACCCUAUGUAAGCAAAAUGCUAGGUACUGGAAAACUAGGAUUUUCAUUUGUGAGAAUCACAGCUCUUAUGGUAUCCUGCAAUCGGUUGUGGGUUGGGACAGGCAAUGGCGUCAUUAUCUCCAUUCCAUUAACAGAAACUGUAAUCCUCCACCAGGGACGUUUACUGGGGCUGAGGGCGAACAAAGCAGCAGCAGGUUCUGGCAACCGUCCAGGCAGCGUAAUACGUGUAUAUGGUGAUGAAAACAGUGAUAAAGUGACACCUGGGACCUUUAUACCAUAUUGUUCAAUGGCACAUGCACAACUUUGUUUCCAUGGGCAUCGUGAUGCUGUUAAAUUCUUCGUUGCAGUACCUGGUCAGGUUAUUUGUCCACAGACAGGAGGAGGCCCAGAGCCACCCAGUGAUAAAGCUGCCCUAUCUGCACAGGAAUCCAACAGCCAGGUUCCCUUAAAAUCCAUGUUGGUGAUAAGUGGAGGAGAAGGGUACAUUGACUUCAGGAUGGGUGAUGAAGUUGGUGAAUCAGAAAUCCUUGGAGAGGCACUACAACUAGAGCCUUCUGUAGCCAAAGCUGAGAGGAGCCACCUGAUAGUGUGGCAGGUUAUGUGCGGCAGUGAAUAAGCUCGGAAAGCGGCUUGAGACUGAAAAAGCUUUUGCAUGUCUUUUGUUUUCAUUUUGUUUCUGUGGAACCCGUUUCACUACAUUUGAGCAUUUCUUUGCCAUUUGACUUUAUAUCACAUACCUCUCAAACCUUAACAAUACAAGAAAUCAGCUUGUGCUGUUUUACUGCAUCAGUGUUACGUAGCAAGAACAAAUUGGUUUCCCCAGACAAAAGCUGUACAGCAAUUAGGUCUCCCAAAUGCCCCACUGCAAUAGAAUUCAAUUUAUUUUAUGGUGUCACUUUUUACUACAAAUUUAUUUUAAGCAUCUUGAAUUCAUCUGCACAUUUGAGUAAAACAGCAAAGUUAUUUCCCGUGUACUGUUUCAAAAAUAUCAGAUGAAUUAUAUCCAAGUGUCAUUCUGUGCAUUCGGUGAGGAUUAAAACAAGAUGUAAGUUCUUUAUUUUUUCCACUUCUAAAUCCUACCAAUCUUGUUUGCCCUGAUGUAUUGAAUGUGCUUUGCUCAUAUCAAGAUCCAUGGGCUGAUAACAUAAAUUUUCUUGUUUAAUUGCCAGUAGCACUAAAGAUGAAAAGUACUGCCCUUAAUAAUGAGAAUUGUGGUAUUUUAUGGGGAGAAUCCUUUCCUAGUUUCCCUAUGUACUUGGGACAUAGGGACGUAAUCAAGCUGUUCCCACCUUGAUUAAUCUCAAAGGACAUUCUUAGAAUUAUUUGCAGCCUGAUUGUAUGCUCCUUGGGCAGAGGAUAGGUCACCUUUGCACACCUAUCAUCUUGGAUCCCAGCUGGUUCAUGAUACGUGACGUAAACAGACUCAAACAGGGAGCAAAUUAGCUGAGAGCUUUUGAAAUCGCCCCUAAAUUGGUUCCAGAUGCAUUGUUGUUCAUAGUCCGUUUAACUGUGUAUGUGAAAUUGUAUGCAGAGAGUUGCCGAUCACUUGCAUUGGUGUGGUCACUUACACUAAUGGGACAGAAUCACUGUAAAUGGUCUGGGAGUCUACCCCCGAGUCUGAGGAAACAAAAAUAACUGCAUCCAACUCAUUCUGUUUUACUACAAGCUUUGGAUAGAGUGAUCUCCUUUGCUACAGAUUUCCCCAAUUGAAUGCUAUCCUUUUAAUUCCUUAAAAGGUGUAGCAGCUUCCUAAUAUUUCAUUUCUUGGAAAGUAUGAAUUAAAAUAUUAAUGUUCACCUGGUACCUGCCAAGAGACUGUGGCUAUUCCCAUUAGAUGGGAGCAGAUUUUAGUGACAGAAUAGAAGAAUUUCAAAAGUGUUUCAAAUAACAAAAAAGGAACAGUCUUGAAAAACUGCCUAAACAUUUUUAUGCAAUAGGAGCAGUUUGUGAUCUAUCAAGGAAACAUGUAUUUAUAUAUAAUAUAUAUAUACACACACACACACAUUAAUUUUUUUAAAAUCAUGUUAAGCUGAGAUCUAUUGUGUAAAUAUUUAUUUAGGCAGCUUUUUAAAAAAAGAAAUGAGUGUCUUACCUGAUUAAAAAAAAUUAGUAAAACAACAUUCAGGUCUAUUGGUUAUAGAUUUAUAUGUAUAAAUACUUUUUAAGCACCAUAUUUUGUACACAACAGAUAAGUUCUGGUAUGUAUUUAGACCAUGAAAUGUGUGGUUAAAAUUUAUUGAAUGUCUAAUGUCUUUGGUAAUAGAAUUUUUUCCUCCAAUAUGCCAAAAGCGAUAAGUGAUCACAAUUUACUCAACAUUUUCAAAUGGCUAAACUGUGUUUAGAAAAUUUGAGAAAAAGAACCCUGAUCUAAAAACCCUAUGGAAGAUCCAGAAAAGCAUGUAGCUUUUUCUCUUCUUUGUUUUCCAAAAUGCUCUCACAUGCAUAAAUACACCACACUCAUUUGUGUUGCAAAUCCAAACACUUAUCCAACACUGGAGAGAAUACAAUUCAAUUUGGAGAGGAUGUUCAGGGUGGGGGGUGGGGGGAGGCCUUUUGCUGCAUGUGCCUAACUUGGCACAGAGAACUGUAUCAAGACACACAUUUUGGCUUUUAUACUAACCACUCCUAGCUGUAUGUACAGCAUGUAAUAUUGUGUGUCCAAAUGAAAUGCUCACUAAUUCUUCACAGUUUCAUGAGCCCAUCAACUUUAAAUCCAGCACUUGUGGGCACCUCUGUAAUCCUUUCAUGGUAUGAUUUCUUGGAAAGUAUUCUCCAGAUCUUUUAUGGGUGGCUGAAUCGCUACAUUCACAUUCUUGGAAAAACAUACUUUUUCCAUUUUAGUGUGGUGCUUUCCUUUUUAAAAAAAUAAAAUUUAAUGAGCUAUUUCUCUGAAGUGCUUCACUGCUGUCAGACAAUAGAUGCACCUGGGUAGCAUUUUUAAUAGCUUGCCAGUUGUAGUGAGUAAACUGAGCCAUUCUGUUCUCAUCGAGUCAACUGCUAUUCACAGCAGAGGAGCCAAUGGUCCAGCAGAGACUUCAGCACUAUUUUUCAGUGCAAGUGAGAGAUUGGCACAUGUUCACUUUCCCUUGUUUAUUUUUAAAUGUAUCCCUUGUCCUAAGGAAUAGCAGGUUUAGAUGGUGGCAUCACCACCAUUCACUAAGAUUUAAACACUCCCUGUUCCAGCGCACUUUUUAAAUGAUAGGUGGUAAAGCUCGCUAAAUUUCAUGCAUCAAAUGAUUGCCUAAAAGAAUAAUCUGUUUUGAGAAUGUCUUAUGUAUCACGUACUCAUAGUUCUAAAAUCAGGAGUUGGAAUGAAUCUCUUGAUAGUUAACAGUUUGUUAAUAGUUUGAGAGAGCAUUUCAAGCACAAAAAUAUGCAGCACAUGAUUUGUCUGAAUAGAUGUGUCUUGCAUGGUAAAAGGUAAAAUGAAAUUUAUAUAUCCUGCCAUACUGUUCAUUUCUUUGUAAGGUCUUCCUGCGUUGGAUCAGUUAGAGCUGGCAGAGUGUAGACACUUUAUCAUAGGCUGCCUUAGUAACUACAAAAUGUUUUUAUAAUCUUCUAAUAUGCUAACUGUUCUAAUGAACAUGGUGUCUUGAAGAUAAUGUGUAACUGAAUAUUUAUUUCCAUGUGAGUAUUAUGAAAGUUACCAAAGGACUGAAACUGACUUGGCACUCUUGCAGUUGACCCUGUGCAUAAAGGAUCUUAUAAAGAUCCUAAAUUUGUAAAAAUGACACAGAGUGAAAAAACCAACACAUUUCUUUGUGGAUGCUAACUUUAUUUUCCUAACAGGGUUAUGCCAUAUUGUAACAACCUAUGUUGCACCUCAAAACUUUGUUCUAUCCACUAAAUAUUUUUCCUUCCCUCGUAACAAUUUCUUUGCUGCACAUUUCUCAAUCUUUUAAACAUGUUUUAACACAUUUUAUGGUCUUUAAUUUUUCUGAAAAUGUUGUCUAGACACUUUAUGCUGAAUUUUAAUUGCCUCUGUAACCUUGAGAUGGAUACUGCAGCAUUAAAAUUGCUGUCUGUUUAAAACUUGAGGCUUCUUUCUGUGAGCCAGAAAGCUCAUAUAGCAGUGAAGUUAUUUCAGUAUUUAUUAUUGAAUCCUUGGGGGUUCAGAAUGUAACUUUGUACAUGAAAUAUAUAUAAAUAUGUAUAUGAAACGCA